UAAACAUGAUGAAACAUUUGAGUUGAAAUUGUUAGCCUAACUUCUAGAGAUGCAGUGAUACAUGACAUAGUGAAAAAUGACAGAAUGAAUAAUACGGAAGGUAGGUUAAAAUGAAUUUUAAAAGUGUGCCCCCUAAAAGCACAAGUGGCCCCUGCCUGCAAACCCCCCCUCGCCCUCACCCUCCCCAGUUACUGUGGUCAGCAGUCAGCAAUUCUUUUUGAUUCUUGUGGUUACUAAAUUUUGCAACAUCAUUCAGAAAGUGAAAGUAAAAUUCUGGAUUGCUGGAGCUCAAACAGUGAAAAUGGAUUCGAUUUCUGUAGCUCAUUUGUCUUGUCCUGAGUGUAAGGAAAUCUUCAAGGAUCCUGAUGUUUUAUCAUGUGGACACAGUUUCUGUAAAGACUGUCUUCAACAGUUCUGGAGAAUCAAGGAAACUCAGGAGUGUCCUCUCUGCAGAAAACUGGCAAGUCAUGAUCCUGUACGUAAUCUUGUGUUAAAAGGCUUGUGUGAUCUGCUCCUGAAGGAGAGAAAUGAGAGGCAUUCAUCAGGAUCUGAGGAGAUCUGCAGUUUACACGGAGAGAAACUCAAACUCUUCUGUCUGGAGGACAAACAUCCUGUGUGUUUAGUGUGCAGAGAUUCACCGACACACAACAAUCACACAUUUAGACCCAUCCCUGAAAUUGUUUCAUCAUACAAGGAGAAGCUCUAUACAGCACUGAAGUUCUUUCGAGAGAAACCUAAACACAGUGCAAAAAUUAAAGGAGAGUUUGAGAAAACAAUUCAAUACAUAAAGUCUCAAGCUGAGCACACAGAGUGUCAGAUAAAACAGCAGUUUGAGAAGCUCCAUCAGUUUCUCAGAGAUGAAGAAGAAGCUACAAUCACUGCACUGAGGGAGGAAGAGGAGCAGAAGAAGCAGAUGAUGGUGGAGAAGCUGGAGGAGAUCAACAGACACAUCUCAGCUCUUUCACAGACAGUCAAAGAGACAGAGGAGAUGAUGGAAGCCAAUGAAGUCUGCUUUCUAAAGGAGUUUCCAGUCUCAAUGGAAAGAGUCCAGAUCUCAUCACAGCCGGAUCCACAGACACCUUCUGGAGCUUUGAUUCAUGUGCCACGUUACUUGGGCAACCUGCCCUUCAGAGUCUGGAAGAAGAUGCAGGACAUCAUCCAAAACACUCCUGUGAUUCUAGAUCCAAACACUGCAAAUCAGUGGCUCGUCCUGUCUGAUGAUCUGACCAGUGUGAGAAACUGCAAGAACAAACAAUUGCUUCCUGAUAAUCCAGAGAGAUUUGACCAUUAUCCAUGUGUUCUGGGCUCAGAGGGUUUUAAUUCAGGAACACACCGCUGGGAUGUGGAGGUUAAAGCAAGUUUCAAGUGGAGUCUUGGUGUAACUACAGCAUCAAACCAAAGGAAGGGAUGUGAUUUCUAUACCAGCGAAGUCUGGGGUGUGCAGUACGGACUGACUACACUGUUUGGUUUUCCUGUUGAACAGGAUCUUGAGCGUGUGAGAGUGGAUCUGGACUAUGACAGAGGAACAGUGUCAUUCUCUGAUCCUGUAACUAACACAGAUCUACACACAUUCACAACCACCUUCACUGACACUGUCUUGCCAUUCUUCUGGAUUUCUGCAUUUUCCUCUCUGCGAAUCUUACAGUCCAAUUAGUAAACAUUACACCUGUAGGUCUGGAUCGACCUGCCUUCACUGGUGGUGAGGAUCCAGAAUCUUUGACAGCUGAAAAAAAAAUGCCAAACUCUUAACGGCUUACCCGUGCCGAUAAUCUGAUCACCUGACACACUCUAGUCUUAUAGAAGAAAAUUUUAUUAGGAUCUUUCACACAUUGCUUAUUUUACAAAAAACUGUGACAAAUAUAAAUAAAAAGUAAUCCAACUAAAGCAAACACUGAUCGCUAUAAUGGUGACUUCCAAAGAAAGGGUGUAUUCACACCUGAAUUGUUUGGUUCGAUUUAAUCAAACUCAAGUUUGCUUCCCACUUUGGUGCGGAUCUUUUACUCAUUCCUGGGUGCAGGUCCACCAUCUGGUCUGGAUACCCACUGGAUCAGCUAAUUGCGAUAACCUAGGGAUAAGGGUGAGACAAUAUAUAAGUGACUAAUAUAAGCAUUGAUGUCAUUCUUCUUACAAAGUAAGAAGUAAUAACAUCAAGUACAUUAAAUAUUAUGGAAAGUGUUGCUGCUUACCCUAAUUGGUGUAGAAUACAAAUCCUUUAAAGGAUUUGAAUUAUAAAAAUGUGAUAGUGUGUCAUGUGAAUGCAAGGCUAAAGAGAUGGGACUUUUAAACUCACAGAGUGUGUCUGCCUCCCGAAGUCCGCCUUUUGAUCUGCCAGCUGGAGCCACCUCUUCAUAGUCCCCUUGAUCUCCAUUUUAGCAGCACUAGUUUAACCCUUUUGCACGUGAGUUAAAUAUUCUAGCUGAGCCCCGAGCGUGAGUUUCUUUAGGCGACCGUUAUUUUAGAAUGUACCACCUUAUUGUUUCCAUGGCAACGCGUCAUGCUUGUCAUGUGACACAACACAGCCACAAUAGAUCUGUAUGACACAUGGAUCG